CGAGGUUCGUGUUUCAUGUCGAAUUUACGCCGUUUGAAUCCUUGAUAAUGCCUGUCAGAUAACCCUCUGAGGAAUGACUCGCAACGAUGUCCUGGUUUCUCGGUCUAAAGGGACUGAAAUGACUGGGCGUAGCUCUCGAGCGGAGCCACCCCCAUCAACCAUUGCUGCCCAACUAGUGGAUAAUCUGUCUGCUACGGGUUCUCAUACACAACCUGGAGAACAGGAGAAUUUUGACCAACUACUCCGAGAAAUUUUGAGUUCCGAGAAUGCGUUCACCGCUGAAAAUGUUUCUGUUGAACUCGAUAUCAAGUUUAGCUUCAAGCUGAUAUGCGUAGUGACCCGUGCGGGCCUAGAUGUUCUCCUGCAACAUGAUCCUUUUCGAGAUGUGACGCAUUUACUUCCCAGGGCCAAUGAUAGCCUAGCAGUAAUUUCUUCAGUCAUUCGAAGAAAUCCUGAAGUUAUUUUUUACAAAGACGACAACCGAGAAGGGAGCAUUAUAUCGGUCGAACUUUAUGUCAGUCUUCUUCCGAAAAUAUGGAAUCUUUUGGGUCAGCCAAGAGCGGCGACAUUGCUAGACAGACUUAAAGACCUAUUAUCAGUAAUACUCUCUAGUUCGUCUGGUCGAGUGAAGCUUUGGCCUUCCUUUAUAAAGGUUCUGCGCAGUUACUGUGUCUGUGUUCAAGGACUUUUAUGCUGCAACGAUGAUUGGAACCGACUAGCGGAUACAAGGUCCAGCAUCUCUUUGGUCGAAUAUCUCUCAAAAGUCGUCUCCGAUGAGUGUCUUUCACAGAAUCACAAGAACCAAAUUUCAAAUCCCGCUCAGGCUACGGUGAUCGCAUUUUAUAUGCUAGAAACCCUUUUUUCUUUUAGCGAUGCGAGGACAAGACAUGAGAUUGACGCUCUCGUCGCUGGAGAUAAUGUGCUUUGGACUCUGGACUGUCUCGGCAAGAUUCUUCGUGGCUUACAAUGGUGGUCAGAGGAGCCAAGCAUUGGCGAAAGACAAACAGAGAUACAUGUAUCAUUUCUCAAGCUCAUCCAUCAGAUUCAAGCAAGUGAUACAGCCAUGAUACCGCUUUCCUUACGACCUGACAAGGCAACAUUGUUAGUUGCUGACGCUGUGGGAUACAUUUUGGGAAUUCCAUCUCUUGCGCUGGAUUCUCAAUUACAAAGGCUGCUCUGUCUCUCUCUGAUUGAUAUUCUGGAUUAUAGCCGAAAACAAUCGGCCAUUAGGCCGUGUGUUGAAGAGCGCCUGAGAUGUCCCAUAGGGAAGCUCUACAAGCCCGACUCUCACGUGAAGGAUUUGACGAAACCAUUACAGUUCAUCAUAAAAUUGUGGCUGCAUCAUAAUCAACGGCAACCGGGACUUUUUCUGGACGACGAAGUGCAACUGAAGCAGGAAGCGCUAGCUUCGGAAUUUGCUGAUGAAGAGCUUCAUUCCAAGUUUUCUGUGCUAGAGUUAAGCAACGGCAACGGCCUUGAGAUUCAGGAGUCAAGGCCCUCAAAGCGUGCACGUCACGAUGUUGAUUUCACAUCAAGAGAUGACAUUAAUUUCAUGCCAACCUUGGUCGAUAAACUGUUUUCAUUACUAGGAGGCCAGACAGCAACAGAUCUUGACGGCCUUGAUCAAAUCGCAAUCGGCUGCUAUGCAAAGCUGUCUGAGGAAGACAAAACACGGGCAUUGUCCUACAUGGGAUACGUAACUUGUGCCGGAGCAGGAACCUUGAAGGGCUUGGGUGAAAAGAAAGGGGAUUUAUCGAAUGGUCGAUGCUCGUUUUGUGACGACCAACCUAAUUCCAAACUUCCUAGGAAGCUUUGGCAAGAUUCUCAUUGUGAUAUGCUUCUCAGCAUCGUUUCAACCAUUAUGCAGACUCCGGGAUUCCUUCAGUCGCCAAGAGAAAGAGUUGCAGCUAUGCUCUCUCUUCGAAGGCUUCUGAGCCAUACGCCUAGCUCUAGUCUUUUGGAUCUUCGACAAUCUGACUUUGGACAAUGGUGUCUCAAGUCGCACUUUAGCUCUUUGAGAGAACUGCGAAUUGCUGCGGGGAGACUUUUGUCUGUAUUUUUACGCGACGGGAUCGAAGAAGGGCUUCUCAGAAAAAAUCGUUUAGCUGCACUCGAACUUUUACGGGCUAUCAAAGAGAAGGGCGAACUCACCUUUCACGAAAGCUGUGUCCUCACCUGUGGGCAGAUUGCCGCAGCUGCCGGCGACGAAGAACUAAAUCUUGUAUUAUUGCAACUCGUGGAGUACCUAGGACACACGAAUUUGUUAAUUCAUGGUUCUGCUUAUAAUCAGAUCUUGAGGCUGUCUCAGCUAUUCGGGCUCACGCCGCGGGCUUUUUUCAGGCCUUUCUGGAGGUCUGUAGCUAUCGCAGCAGUAAAAGAUCUACAGAAUCGCCCACAGAUCGCACAGCUUUUGUCGGAUCUUUUUACUAUCAAAGUGUCGGACCUUCUCAUCCAAACUCAGAUAUAUACUUUACCUUAUCUCGUUUUACACCAAAGAUCGGACCUCAUACAACGCAUCGCUCAAGCGCGGGGUGUCUCUGUGCGUGUUCUGUGUCUGGAUAAAUCCAACCUAGCUGCCAUAUUAGCCCUGUUGCUGGUUCACCCAUCAACAGACGUUGAAAAAACGACUAUGGCCCUCCUUUACCGGGCGUCACCUGAUCUUCAAGGGGCCGAUUUUAUGGACAUUGUUGCCUCAGACCCCAUAACGCUCACAUAUGAACUGUUGAGGGCGGCUGGCGAGGGAGAUGAUACGGUCAGACCUAAGAUACACCAGGCGAUUCAACUUGUUGCGAAGCUUGUUCAUUCAAAACCCAGCCAAACUAGCCAAGGGAAAAGAACCAAUUUCCUUGGCCCAUUCUUUGAAACAUAUGUUUUGGGAAUUAUGUCUCUCUUCUCAGAGAUCAUUAACGACGCUAAGGAAAGGCAGCCGUCGCUGGAGAAAAGACGAUGUCUCAAAGCUAUAGAGGAAAUGAUCAGAAUUUCCAAAAGCCAUUGUGCAAACGCUCUACCUCAGAUUUGUGCGUGCCUCCAAUCAGCAUUAGAUGUAGAUGAUCUAAGAGAUCAAGCAUUUUCUACAUGGGCAACGAUGGUUAUGAUCCUCGACGAACAGGAGAUAAAAUCCUUAUUGGAUCCAACAUUUUCUGUCAUUCUCCAGUAUUGGAAUUUGCUCAACCCUCCCAUGCGGCAAAGGGCCUACGAAGUAGUGGAAUCGCUUCUGGAUCACCAUAAUUCUCUAAUCGAACGUUUUGGUGAAACUCUACCUGCUUUAAGCUCGAUACAUGAAUUAGCAGAAUUCGACACUCAGCUAGAGCGGAUUAAAUCCACGAUGGAUUUGGGCGAGAGAUUUCAAGCUUUCAGUGAGCGGUGUCAGAGUGAGAAUUUGGCAGUUGUGUCACAAGCUUUAGUGGAAUUGGUAUCUUUCCUGCGGAAGAACGCGACGUUUCUACAUGAAACCGCAGUGAGCGAGCAACCGGAUCCUGUCGUUGCCAAGCUAAUGCGCUCGAUCCUCAAUGCAUGCGUAAGAUUCAAUAAAGUCUUGCCGUCAUUAGCUGGCACCUGCGCAGAGUGUAUUGGCUUGAUCGGUUGCUUAGAUUCCAAUCGAGUUGAGGCUCCCCUGGAGAAACGGGACAUUCUUGUGCUCUCAAAUUUCGAAGCAGCCGACGAAACCGUUGAAUUUGUCCUCUUUUUCUUGGAGGAAAUUUUGGUAAAGGCUUUCCUGUCAGCAACCAAUACGCAAGCGCAAGGCUUCCUCGCAUAUGCCAUGCAAGAGUUACUUCACUUUUGCGGGUUACACUCAACGGUGACGUUCAGAUCUCACGAUACACAGUCUCACUCUAAUUGGAGGAGAUGGACCUCAUUACCACAAUCCGUGCAAGAUACUCUCACACCUUUUUUGACGUCAAGAUAUGUUUUGACGCCCGCACCAGCAAAUCCUGAACGAAGAUAUCCGAUAUAUACACGAAAGCAUAGCCAUGGUGCUUGGCUGAGGGAAUUUGUAUUAGAUCUCUUACACAAGAGCAACGGUGAGAACGCGCGGAAAAUGUUUUCUGUAUGCAGCCGAAUCAUUCGUGCGCAAGACUUGUCCAUUGCGAACUUCCUGCUCCCAUUUGCUGCACUGAACGUCGUCAUCAGUGGUACGGAGCGACAGAUAAAGGACAUCAGCUCUGAGUUUCAUGUUGUAUUGGGCUAUUCCCUUCCUAAAGGCGCCACCACUAGAUCUGAGGAAGAGCAUUUGAAAUAUUGCAGUGAGAGCGUUUUUCGUGUACUCGAUUACUUCUCGAGAUGGGUUCAGGAAAAGAAAAAACAGAUCUCAAAUUCAAAGUACACGCUCAUGAGAACAGGCCGACAAUCUGAUUUCGAGGACGAAGUUGGCAUGGCACAGGUUCGAAGCGUUGAACGGAUUUUGUCUGAAGUUCCAGUCGAAAUCGUCUCUCGUCGAGCAAUAGACUGCCGGUCCUUCACCCGCGCUCUAUUUUACUGGGAGCAAUACAUUCGCCAAGAACGAGAAAAGUUGGGUACCAAUUCGGAAGAGCGGAGAUUAGAGCCCCUAUUCGAAAAGCUUCAAGACAUCUAUACCCAAAUAGACGAGCCUGACGGUAUCGAGGGUAUUUCGGCCCAUCUUCCCGUACUUGAUGUUGACCAGCAGAUUUUGGAACAUCGCAAAGCUGGGAGAUGGACUGCCGCCCAAAGCUGGUAUGAAGCGUUAUUGAGCGAACAGCCGAAUAAUAUUGAAGUCCAGCUUGGAUUACUGUCCUGUUUGAAAGAAUCAGGUCGGCAUGACUUCUUACUAAAACAUGUCGAAGGAAGCAACAUUCCGUCAUCUGCAAACCCGCGCAUACUUCCUUUUGCUGUUGAGGCUUCAUGGGUCACAGGUAGAUGGGAUCUAUUAGGAAAGUAUCUGUCGUCGGAGUCACAAAUCUCAAGGCAGACUUUUAACACUGGCGUGGGACGUGCCUUGUUGGCUCUGCGCCGCCAAGACAUGGAAGAUUUUACUGCGACCAUUAAAGAAUUCCGCGAAGAACUUAGCCACGAGCUGUCAGAGGCAACCAUCUCCUCGUUUCAGUCUUGUCACGAUAUAAUGUUAAAAUGCCACGUACUCACCGAGCUGGAAGCUAUAAGUGGGGUAUCGACCCAUGGAGAGAAGAACACCAAAGUACUCAUGGAAAACCUCAAUCAUCGACUUGAUGUCCUGGGUGCAUUCUCCCUGGAUAAGCAGUAUCUUCUUGGAAUACGUCGGGCAACAAUGGAGCUUUCAAUGUUGAAAUUCUCAAACCUUGAUUUGGCUUCUCAAUGGCUGGAAAGCGCAAAACUUGCCCGUAAAGGCAAUUUCACACACCAGGCUUUCAAUGCUGUACUUCGCGCAUCUCAGCUGGGCGACAGCUCGGCUACCAUUGAGCAUUGCCGGCUUCUCUGGAAAGAAGGACAUCGUCGAAAAGCCAUUCAGAACCUUGAGGGUGCAAUCGCGGCCAAUGCCUUCACUCCUAAGGGGAAAUCGCUAGUUGAGCAUCCAAAUAACGCUUAUAGCGGCGAAAGGGGCCGUCAUCAAAAUCUCUUGAGUGCGAGAGCAUAUCUUUUGCUUGCAAAAUGGCAUGAUACUGCAGGUCAAACGCCGUCCCCCGAAUUGGCGAAGAAAUACUGGAAAGCCGCUGAUGCCUACCCUAGAUGGGAAAAGGUUCAUUACCAGCUGGGCAAACAUUAUAACAAGCUCCUGGAGUCUGAAGCAGCGCUGCCAAUAUCCAAGCAAGGUGUUUCCUACUUAAGUGGAGAAACUGCGAAACUUGUAGUGGAGAAUUUUUUGCGAUCUUUGCAAUUUGGGGCGAAAUAUAUCUUUCAGACGAUGCCAAAGCUUUUGACACUAUGGCUGGAUACGGGAUCGCGGGUUGACGAGCCGAUAUCCCUCGAUAUUGAUGAAAAAUUCGAUCGACAAAUGCAAAAGCAUCGCAGGGAAAUCCUCAAGCAAUUAAACCUGCAAGUCGAAAAAUUCGUUGGAAGACUUCCAGCAUAUGAGUUUUAUACUGCCCUCUCCCAAUUGGUGAGCCGAAUUUGCCAUCCACAUUCUGAGGUAUAUGGGAUCCUUGUAAAUAUUAUCGUGAAAGUCGUCAUUGCACACCCGCAACAAGCCCUCUGGACUGUUCUUGCCGUGGUCAAGUCGUCAUCACGGGAACGGGCGUCAAGAGGCCUUGUCUGCAUAAAUCGAAUAAAGGAAUACCCGAAGAAAAAGGUGGAUCCUGCGGCUAUCGACCCCAGGAAGCUGGUCAAUCAAGGGCAAAAGCUUUCUGAACAACUCCUGAACGUAUGCGAAGCAGCGGUCGAAGCUAAAGUACCAAACGUCAGUCUUUCAAGGGAUCUAGGAUUUUCUCACAAAGUCGUUCCUUGCCAGUUGGUUAUGCCAAUUGAAAGCGCGCUAUCGGCGAGCCUUCCAACAAUGACGGAAAAUGCAAAUAUAAAAAGUCAUCGGGCCUUUUCAAGGGACACUGUUACUGUCCAUGCCUUUUUGGAUGAUGUCCUUAUCCUCAACUCCCUUCAAAGGCCGCGCAAAUUAUCAGUCAAAGGAUCCGAUGGUCGUGUAUAUGGCUUGCUUUGCAAACCCAAGGAUGACUUGAGGAAGGAUCAAAGACUCAUGGAAUUCGAUAGCAUGAUCAAUCGAGCGCUCAAAAAGGACGCUGAAGCAAGCAAACGACGCCUUUACAUCAAAACAUAUGCAGUGACACCGUUAAAUGAGGAGUGCGGCCUUAUUCAAUGGAUUGACAACCUGAAAGCCUUUCGAGACAUCAUUCUAAAAAUAUACAGACAAAAAAACGUCGUCGUUAAUUAUGUUGAACUGCGCAAACUUCUGGAUGAUGCCUGCAGCGAUGUCUCCAUUUUUACGGAUAAGAUACUUCCAAGUUUUCCGUCUGUAUUCCACGAGUGGUUUGUAGGCAUGUUUCCCGAAACCGAUGCGUGGUUCGCAGCCAGGUUGAGAUAUACUCGGUCUUGUGCUGUCAUGUCUAUUGUUGGAUAUGUCCUCGGCCUUGGCGAUCGUCACGGAGAAAAUAUACUGUUUGAAGGAAACGGCGGCACUUUUCAUGUGGAUUUCAAUUGUCUAUUCGACAAGGGUUUGACUUUUGAGAAGCCGGAAUUGGUCCCGUUCAGGCUGACGCACAAUAUGAUUGACGCUUUCGGCGCCUACGGCUACGAGGGACCUUUUCGUAAAUCCUGCGAAUUGACCAUGGGAGUACUUCGACAGCAUCAGGAUACCUUGAUGACCAUUCUGGAGACAUUCCUUCAUGAUCCUACUACGGAUUUUAUUGGAAAGAAGAAGAGAUCUAAUAUCAAGGUCCCUGAAACGCCACAAGAGGUGUUAGACUCGGUGCGAAGUAAGGUCAGGGGUCUCUUUAUGGAUCAAACAGUGCCUUUAUCGAUCGAAGGCCAUGUCGAUGCGCUUAUCCAGCAAGCAACAGAUCCGAGUAAGCUUGCUGCCAUGUAUAUUGGCUGGAUACCAUUCUUCUAGAAUCGCAUUUAUGCUGUGUGGUAUUCGCUGUCAUGACGAAUGUUGGGGUUUUUACGAAGUAGAUUGAUAAAAGUUAUGACUAGAUGUGGAUUUAACGACCAAAUCAGCCUU